UUAAGAAUAAAUUAAAAGAGUGGUAUGAUAUAUUAAAUAACGAUAAUGUGGUAGAUACAGAAGAAUUAAAAAUCAAAGAAGAAUUCCGAAAGUCGGAUGCAAUCAUUCCAACAUUAUCAACAAUAUCAUAUGAUUGCUCUUUAGCAAAAUAUUCAAGCAAACCGCUUAGUUAUUAUGGAUCCUAUGAAAAAUAUAUGGCCAUUGAAUAUUAA